AUGAUAACGUCAUCUGUUAAUAAUGGAUAUUAUCAAUUUCAAAAUAACACAAUACAGGAAAGCGAAGAGACUAUAAACAUGAGAAAUGAAGAAAAUAAUAAAAAAGAAUCAUAUGUUGAUUAUAAUAAUCUUUUAAAUAAUAUGGAUGAAAGUGAUAGAGAAUAUGCAAAUCGUCUUCGUAGACAUUUACAAUUUUUUUUUAUGGAUCCAAUGAAAAAAUUUCAAACACGAAGGCAGAUGCCAUUUAAAUUAGCUUUGCAAGUAUUUAAAAUUGUUACAGUAACAAUACAAUUAAUAUUGUUUGCUGAAUUACGAGUUUCUCAUGUUGAUUUUAUUGAAGAUACAUCUACAUUUAUGAGGCAUAAAUUUCUUCAAAAUUGGAAUGAUGAAAGAGAUGUUGUUUCAUAUCCACCAUCAGCUGGUAGAUAUUCUGUUUUUGAUAGUAGUGAUAUUUUAGAACAUUUUGCUUUUGCAACAAAUGCCUAUUAUUCAAUACAAAAUCAAACAUUUGCCUCAUUUUCAUAUGAUACAUCAUGGAAAGGAGUAUCUUUUGUCAAUUCAACGAUAACUUUUCAAACACCAAUAUAUGACAUUCCACCAAUGUCAUUGUGUAUAGAAAAAAUAGCUAAUGUUAAAAUUAAUAAAAAUAACUAUGAAUUUGAUAUUUCUUCAAAAAAAGAAUGCAAAUUUUUAAAUUACACAUCAUCAGAAGUUAUAAAAUUAAGAAAUGAACCAUUAUAUAUAAAAGAAUUAUUAGCUAAAAGAAAUUUAACAUUAACUCCAGAAGAAUCAUUAAGUAUUUCAAAGAUAUUUUUAAUGUUUAAUUUAAGAACUAUUCAUUAUUCUCCAGCUAAUAAAGAUCAAACUCCAGAAUGUUAUUUGAUAAAAAUUACAAUUUCUUUUGAUAAUUCAAGACAUACUGGUCAAGUAUUUAUUGAUUUAAAUUCAGUUAUUAGUUAUGAACAAAUAUGUAAUGGAAGAAUUCUUAAAGCACCUAUUGUAUCAUGGGAUUCAAUAAUAGUUUUUGUUAUUGAUAUUACUGUUCUUGUAUUUUGUCUAUUUUCAUUUAUCUUAUGUCUUAGAGCAUUAAUAAAAGCACAUCUUUUGAAAGAAACAACAAUGUCAUUUUUUGAAAAAAAUAUUGGAAAAAGAAUGACAAUAACUGAUCAAAUGGAUUUUAUAAAUAUGUGGUAUUUAAUGAUUGUUGUAAAUGAUAUUUUAAUUAUCUUUGGUACAAUUUGUAAAGUAACAAUAGAAUUUAGGGAUUUUGAUAAUGAUCUUUUUACACUUACUUCAAUAUUCCUUGGUAGUGGUGCUUUACUUGUAUAUGUUGGUUUAUUAAGAUAUCUUGGAUUUUUUAAUCAGUAUAAUGUUCUUGUUUUAACAUUAAAAAAAUCAAUACCAAAUAUUUUAAGAUUUUUAGUUUGUGCAAUUAUACUUUAUGGUGGAUUUUUAAUUGCUGGAUGGGUUAUUAUUGGACCAUAUAGUCUCAAAUUUAGGACAUUAGCAAAAUCAUCAGAAGCUUUAUUUUCAUUAUUAAAUGGUGAUGAUAUGUUUGCAACAUUUGCUACUAUUAAUGAUAGUAAUGGUACUAUAAAAGCUUUUGGAACAAUUUAUAUAUAUGUUUUUGUUUCACUUUUUAUUUAUGUUGUAUUAUCAUUGUUUAUUGCUAUAAUUAUGGAUGCAUAUGAAAUUAUUAAGGAACGUUAUAAAGAAAAUGAAAAAAAAGAAGCAUCUGUAUUAAAAGAAUUUGUAACCAGUUCUGAAACAUUAGAUGCUUCUGAUCCAGCAAAUAGACAUCUUUUUUCACCAGAUGCUCUUUUAAAACUUGGUGGUCCACUAUUUCAUGAAAGAGAUAUUAUUUAUCAAAUUUACGAAAGACUUUAUAAUUUUGGAAGAAAUAUAAAGCAAAAAAUAUUAAGAAAUUAA